CUGGCCGUAUUGGAUGGUGAUGGAAUUCGGAUGCUGGCCUCUGUUCUGCAAACCACACAUGAUCCUGGAGUCAAGGAAGAAGCCACUGCUGCUCUAUGGAAUCUAUCCAGCGCUGAUAUGCUCAAACCAGUUAUACUGGAAGCAGCCACCGAAGCACUGGUUCAGCAGGCCUGUCCACCCUCGAAUGGUUACCAGCAUAAUGGCAUUAUGAAUGAUAGCGAUCCGUCGCGACAUUACAGCUCUGCUAUUUUCAAAAACUCUACGGGGGUUCUAAGGAAUGUUAGUGCGGCAAAUGCCAGUGCCCGCAAGCGGCUUCGUGCCUGUCCAAACCUUAUCGAAAGUUUGGUGCAGUUUUUGACUAUAGCUAUCCAACGAAACCAAGUGGAUUCGCAGUCAGUGGAGAAUGUUGUGUGUCUACUUCGAAAUCUGAGCUACAGGAUUCAAGAAGUGGAAGACCCAAACUACGAUCCUGCUACCGCACAUGUGCUAUACACUAAAGGAGGCAAUAAGUCGGCUCCCAAUAGCCCCAAGCCCAAGAAGGAGAAAGAGAAGAAGAAGAUAGAAGUUGCACGAGAAGCUGUCACUGUCAGUUUUAGUCUUUUUUACGUUCUGCGAAGCGGAAUUUUUUGA